AUGGAAAGAAUUCGGAUAUGUGCAGUUGAAGAGAGAAGCCAGAACACCCCGAGGAUGGAGGAUGGAGACCGGGGGAUGGCUGUCAAUGUUUCAUCAACGCCCCGCCUCAAAGUAGUAUCGAAAGUAUCUGAGAUUAGGGAUCAUGGCGCCCCGUGA